CUCAUCGCCAUUUUCUUUCGAAGAAAAGGAUGUUCGAUGUAAAUCCGAUUACGUAGGCAAAUCAGCCUCCUGUUAUCUAUCUGAAAUAAAUUCUUCAAAGGAUUUAGAAUUUGACCAAAUCUGGCUCAAUGAGAGUGUUAGAGUCUGGAGCAGCCCCGUCGUACAACAUGGGAAAGAAUAAAAAGCACAAACUUCGUAAAACCAAAGAGGUGUCGGACUCUUCAGAUGAUGCUUUAGGAGUGCCACGCUGUAAUCACAUUAACAUGGCGGUAAAUGUGGCAGCCAUGAAAAAAGGAUUAAUGAAACAAGUGUAUGGAGAGUGUGCUUCUUGUACCAAUGAAACAACUCGUAAAACCACGACAGAAGGGGAGACAGGCCAGGAGGCUGAGGCGAGCCCUGCCCUGGACGUAGAACCAACUCUGUGGGUGUGUCUACAGUGCGGAAAUCAGGGAUGUGAUCGUAAUUCUCGAGAGAAGCAUGCAUUGAAGCAUUACGAGACGCCAAGGUCUAGCUGUCAUUGUUUAGUUAUCAACACCACCUCGUGGACUACAUGGUGUUACAAGUGUGAUGAUGAAGUUCCUAUAGAGCAGAGUAAGAGGCUACAGGAGAGCAUAGAUAUUAUAAGGAAGCAAGCAGGACUGCCACAGACUGAUAUAGGUCGUAAACCAAGUCAGACUGGGAGCUCAGUUGGAGUCAUUGAGCAGUCCUCCAAAUCCUCCACUCUGACCCCAAGAUCAUCAGGAGUGUGUUCUAAGGUCAAGGUUAGUAAAAGAGAAAUCUGUAGUUACAGGUUUAGUUUACCCAAUGCUGCAGAAAUAAAUUUGACUCAGACACCUUGCUUGGAAUCAGUGGUAGUAGAUAAGAGUAAAAAGGGCCGCUUGUGUACCCUCACUUGUAAACGGGAUAGUGACCUAGAUUCUAGCUCAGGGUCAGAUGACAGUGAUGAUGAGAUAAUACCGGACCUUGCUCCUAUAGAAAUAUCAUUACCAGAAGCUGGUCCCUUGACGCAGACCAUGAUAGCUUUUCUACAGGAGAUGAACAAUUCCUCUGGCCGUUCUAGCACUGUUAAUCCUAUUCCAUUGUUUAGUCAGAUAUGCAAAAAAGCCCAACGAUUUCGUGGUUUUCAGCAGCAGGACAGUCAUGAACUUCUGCGAUACCUGUUGGAUAACAUGAGGAUGGAAGAAAUCAAGAGGGGACAAUCUGGGAUAUUAAAGCACUUCAAAUUGCCAGAGAAUGUCAACCCAAAGAAAGUGGACGAUGAAAUGAAAAUCAAAAUCAAAGAAUACGGUCGCCAAGUGAAAUACACCUUUGUGGAUUCUUUGUUUGGGGGAUACCUGAUGAGUACAGUUACGUGUGAGGAAUGUAAAAAUAUCUCCCAGAUAUUUGAGCCCUUUCUGGACCUGUCCUUGCCGGUGACCGAGGAGAAACCCCAGAGACCCAAUCAGAUGUUGGGAGGACGUAAAAAGGACAGUUUAGAACACCAAGAGGACACGGUUAUAGACCACACAGACAGACCAAGUAAACACAUGGAGAGGAAGCUAAAGAAACAGGCUAAAAAGGAGGCCAAGAGGAAAGCUAAACAGACCAAAAAUCUCCUGUCCCCAUCUGAUGACCCGAGUCUGCCAAAAAAUGAAGCGGAGGGUGACCAGGAGGAGGUGGAAAAAGAGGAGGACGGAGGUUCUAAAGACCCAGAGGAGGAGUCUAGCAGUAGAGAGGACCCCUCAGAUGCUGACAUAGAAGACAAUCUGGAGAGUGAUACCUCAAGAUGUUUUAGUAAACUCAGUUUAGAAAACUCUUUAGCUGAGCCCUCACACUCAUCUCAGGAAAAACCAGAGGUGGAUCAAGUAAGUAUCCGAGGGGUGGACAGUGGUACCUCAAGCAGCAAUACUGAUACACUUACCUCGGGAACUAGCACCUCAACACUCAAACAGGAAGACUCCUCAAUAGGGAACGAGGGAGGAUUAGCUAGUAUAGCAUCAGCGACUCAGUGCUCCAGUAGUGACCACAAAACUCAAGACAACGGCAGAGAACCUACAUUUAAUGGUCAAACAGAAAACCCUGUAUUUGAUAGUGAAUGUGUAUCUCAUGAAAGUGCACUUUCUAAUUGCCAAGAAAAUGGUGGACUGGAAAAUGACAUAGAAUGUGACAAUGAUAUAGACAGUUGCUGUAAAUUAGAUUCCGAAUGUAACAUUGGUAUUCCCAAAAUAAACCACAUAGUUAGUAACGGUAUUGGAGAAAGUGAUGAUUGUGGAAGGACUACCAGUGAAAGUGUGGAAAUGCAGACGGGGUCAAAUCAGGUCAAGGACGAGGUCAAGGUGAACGGAGAACCUAUGCAUUCCCACUCCAGGAACAGUAGUACAAAUAGUGAAGUGACUGCAAAGUUAGGAAACUUAAUUCUAGAAGAUUCAUCUUUAGUCAAUAGUGUUGAGUACCAUCAAGGAGAGAAUGGCAUAGUAGAUUUACAGACUGGUGGAUCUAAUUGUGAGAAAAUAGGUGUUAGCACUCCACCUCCACAUCAUUCCAAAAGUGUGAAAGAGAUAAAGAGGGAAGCAUUGGUCAGGUCAAAGGUCACCCUCGGGUCAAGGUAUCACCCCAGUUCCAGGGAGUGUACGAUAAUGACAUGUUUACACCAGUUCACCUCCGCAGAGCUGCUCACUGGCAACAAUAAGUUUGGAUGUGCUAAGUGUACGCAGACGAAAUACCGGCACAGUCAAAGUCUCAACAAAGAUAAAAAAGAAAAAGUAUAUUCAAAUGCAGCAAAGCAGUACUUGAUAUACACUCCACCAGCUGUGCUUACCUUACAUCUUAAACGAUUUGAGCAGGUGGGUUUUAGUUCUCGUAAGGUGAACCGGCAUGUAGAUUUCCCAUUUGUUCUGGAUCUAGCCCCUUACUGCAGUUCACUGUGCCAGGGAGUUAGACCAGGACAGAAGAAAAUUCUCUAUGCCUUGUAUGGAGUAGUGGAACACAGUGGUCGUCUGAACGCCGGACAUUACACAGCUUACGUCAAAGUCCGACCCAACAUUGGUAUUACGGGAGACUUUAUCAACUCGGGGGCACCCUCUAUCAAUGACUGUAUCAAACGCUACCCAGAGCAGCAGAACAGCACCGCCAGUCUGGAGGAACAGGAGGAGAGCUUGGUGGACCGCCUGGUACCACCCGGCAGGUGGUACCACAUCAGUGAUAGUCGUGUGAGCGAGACCACCGAGUCUACAGUACAGAGAGCCCAGGCCUAUCUCUUGUUUUAUGAACGAAUUUAUUAAUGAUUGUUCAAAGUUAG